CAGCUCUACAAAGAAAACCUUGACCCAAGCGAGUUAUCGGGAACUAAUAAUAAUAACAUGACUCUCGCUGGACAAAAUAUAAUCAAUAAUGGCGUUGUAAAAAGUAGUUCUGUGCCUGAUAAGAUGGGCGCCAACAGUGAACGCAUCCAAUAUGACUCCGAAGACCUAAUUUGUGAGGGUUUGAAUAAUGAGUCAGAGCUAUUAGACCAUUGCAAGAAGGACCACCUAAUGACUCAUAGAAAUAAUCUGAGUCGAGAGUCAAUUGGUGAGGCACUUAACUCCGGACCCCCUUGUGAUGUUUCUAUUCAGAUUAUCUCAGAAAUGAACAGCCUACAGAUAGAUCAAAACGAAGUUCAAGCAGAGACUGAAAUUUUUUGUGGUUCUUGUAAAAGAGUUUUGGAGCGUCAUGGAAAUGAAAGCUAUUGCACAAUCCUUCGAGAUCAUUAUUUGGAGUGCUUUCUCGAAAAAGAAGGAGAGCAUGUGAAGUCGGUGAAGUCCAAGGCGGCAUUGGAACCAGGUCAAAUGUAUUGGUGCAAAUCCUGCGUCCUACUUUUUGAAAAGCCUUGGUCUCUUUUUCAACAUAUGGCCGAUAAGGCACGAGGGACCAAGGUCCAACGUUGGGAGAAAAAGCUUCAUUUAGACUGGAUCGAUAGUGUUUCUGGACUUAUGGCUGGUAAGAAUCUGUUGGAAUAG